CUGAAUAAAUUCUUCCCUUGGCGCAGGUCAGCCAAAUCCUUGGCCACGAAGCAAGAUAUUCCAUUUGGUGCAAACUAUUCCUUUAGGCCGAUCCAAGAGAACGGAGACGAGAAGGGGAUGGGAUUGCAGUGGGUGAUCUUGACGGGCGUGGUCGCCGCCGAGGCACUGUUGGCGGCUUUGGUGACUCUCCCUGCCCCGCGGGCCAUCAGAUCGCGGAUUGUCGCGUUGGCGUCGUUCCUCCUCCAGCCCGCCGCGAGCGUCCUCCCUUUUGCUGCUUUUCAGCUCUUAGAUAUACGUUGGAAAAACGAGCAUCGUCUGAUGUGCACCUCCGAGAUCUGUACAAUCGAGGAGAGGACUCGUUAUGAGAAAUCUAUAUUUAAAGCACAGAGGAACGUUCUUCUCUGUAUAUCAGCAUGCCUUCUUUAUUGGUGUAUCUUCCGGAUUUGCCAAUAUCACAAGGAGAUCAAGGAACUUGAAGAAACUGAGAAGAGUCUCAAGGAAGAGUAAUCAUAUCAGGUUUACACUUGCUUUUAUCAACUUGGACGCACACUGGCAGCUUGAUCUAUGGCGUGUGAGACUGAAAGGAAAAUCUAGAUUAUAAGAGUUUGCUAUUAGAGCGAAUGGAGAAUUUAGAUUCUAAUAACCUAUGAAGCUUUUUUCUUGUUAUUUGCUAUUUUCUGAAAAUGAGAUUCUUUAUAGUUGUGACUAUUUACUUCGUUAACGUACCAGUAUAUUUGAGUUUUUGGAAUGUCGAUAAAAAAAUAUUCCUAUUUCUGAAGAAA